AUGUCCGUUGAAAUCACUGGACCACCGCUGGCUCUUCCCUCACAGUUGCUCGAAUCCGAAAAGGUACCCAAAGAUAAGUUGGUGGUUCCAGGUGCCAAUGUCAGUUCGUCACAUAAUUUCAUGAGAGGUCAUGGAACUUACUUGAAUGGCGAUGAACUGACAGCAUCUGUAGCCGGAGUUGUCGAGCAAGUGAACAAGUUAAUCACCGUCAAGCCGAUUAAAAGCAGAUACAAUGGUGAGAUAGGUGACGUUGUUGUGGGUCGUAUCACAGAAGUUCAACAGAAGCGUUGGAAAGUGGAAACAAACUCACGUCUAGACUCUACUUUAAUGCUUUCAAGUGUUAAUUUACCUGGAGGUGAAUUGAGGCGUAAAUCAGUUGAGGAUGAGUUAAUGAUGCGUGAAUAUCUGAAAGAAGGCGAUCUUAUCAGUGCCGAAGUGCAAAAGGUACAGUCUGACGGUCAAUUGCAACUGCAUACAAGGAAUUUAAAGUAUGGAAAGCUCUCUCAAGGAACCUUAGUGAAAGUAUCGCCGUAUCUGGUGAAACGUCGCAAAACACAUUUCCAUACACUUCCUUGUGGUGCAUCGGUCAUUCUUGGAUGUAACGGCAAUAUUUGGAUAUCGCCUGUGGCUAGUGAAGAACAGACCGCUACAGGCGGAUACGCGCAAAACCUGGAUGAAGUUUGUCUUGUAGUACCAAUGCAAACAAGAGCAGUUAUAGCACGUCUCGUGAAUUGUGUUAAUGUGCUUGCCAAGCAUCACAUUCCCCUCUACGAUACGACUAUUUUGUUAGCCUACGAAGUUUCGUCAAUAUAUGAGGUCAAGGAACUCUUAAAACCAGUUGUAGCAGCCGAAGUAGCGGCCGAGGUAGCAGAUAGACUACAGAAGAAAUUGCAAGAAUCAUGA